UUAGAGAACACCCAGCUGUUUACAACCUGCACAGCAGGGAUAUGAAACUACUGGACGACAAUGGUGUCGCAAAUCAAGUGUGACAACUGUUAAAGGCCUUUUCUUCAGAGAACUGGAUACAAACAAGGGAAAAUGGAGCAAACCCCUCGAUUCUCUGAAUAUGGCGAUGGUGAGGAUCUACAGCAGGAAGAUGACGACAUUUGUCAAAAGAACACCAUUAUGACACCCGACAUUCCCGACAACCUUGUUCACAAUACUCAAAGAGGCUGGGAGUCUUUUCCCUGUCAGCACUGUGAGAGGUGUUUUACCAGCCAGCAAGGCUUGGAACGACACAUGCAUAGCCACGCUUUGAUGAAGAAUGCGCCACAUUCAUGUAAGAGCAAGAAUGGAAAAAUGGCUUCCGGUUUGGCUCUCGGUCAGCUGCAGCAUGACAGUACGAAGUCUUCAGUUUUAGUAAGUUCAGACGGACAGCUUGAAAGCAGUGAUACUCCUGUUUUGUUAGUUGGGCGCAACACUGUGCCACCUGACGAGCUGGUGUACGAGCAUCAUGCUUGCAGCUACAGCGAAAAGAGAUUCACUACGUUUACCAACAAGCAGCAGCACGAGAGCACAGUCCACAACCAGCAUCUGCAAAUUGCACAUACGGAACAAAGUGAGCCGCCUCAGGAGGAAAAUCUUCAGCAGAUAAUUAUUGCGUCGUCAAAUCUGGAAGCCGAGCUUUCUGCAGAAGUUGCGGAGAAUGAAGUGGAACACACUGGAAACUACAUGCCAGUCGUCUCCAGCAGUAUCUCAGAGAAUCUCAGCUUUUACUUUGAUGGAAAAAUUGUUUCAACAAGCACAGUGAGUGGCUGUGAAGCAGCUGAAGUUCACGCUGCAUGUUCAACUUUGGUUGGACUAGAUGCCCUGAUUCUGGAUCCCACACAAUUGAACCUGGGGUUGAAUUUCAAUUCAAUUCUGAGCAACCAAGAGCUGCCGGGUCAAGCACUUGCCAAGAGAAGAACAGCAACACCUCCUUUGUUACCCCAAAUUCAAACAGAACUGGAAUCUGAAGUGGUGGUGUUGUCAUCCUCUUCAGAAGUUGUAACUUCGUUAAUAGAGAAUACAGAGUCUUCACUUGCCCCCCCAAGCUCAGCCACUGUGUUUCUACGAGAGAAGCAGGACACCCUACUUCCAGAUGGCCAAACAUCUUGCUCAUCUGUAUCUGCUGCAACAGGAAGGUUUAAAAGAAGGACUGGAUCUCCACAAAGUUCUCCCCAGCACAACACCACAUCUGAUGAGGAAACAGCAAUAGCAGAUAUGGAUGGUGAUGCCGCCACUUUAUGGCACAUGGACACCCAGUACAGUGUGAGUGUCAAUGACAAAGAAAAUGCAUCUCAAAAGAUUGAGGAACCUCAAGCAAUUACAGUUUCAACAGAGAGCUGGCCACCUGUGACUGUGGACAGCUGCUAUAGUCAGCAACCACUGGAUCUCUCUAAUACGAUGAAACGAAAUGAAGUUGGGACUUCAGAUGAUGCUGCGCUGGAUUUAAGUUUGCAAAAAAGGAGCCCUGAAGAAUCUCAGCUGACAUCAAAUUUAGUUUUCCCCUCAGAAGAUAAUUCAAACGUGUGGAUGCAGGAAAGGGCCCUCCUGAUAGUUGGAGAGCAAAAUGUAAGCCUCGCAAAUUGUGAGACACCUCUUGUGUCAGACCUCACCAUUGUUACAGGUCAAAAUAUGGUGGACUCUGUCGCAGAAGGAAUUGUUUAUGGACUUUCACUCCCCUCCUGUCCCCUGAAUUCUGCACCUGCCACCCUUACACCUCUUGGUUUCCCGCCAGCUUCACCAUGCACUAUAUCAUUUGCUCCCCCAACUACACACACAGUACUACCGACUGCUCCAUCAUUAAUCACAGUUCUGGCACCCCCACUAUCUAUUCCUAGGCCCUCAAGCCAACCAAUCCAAGUGCUGGCUCCAAAUAUAUCACCGGAGCCGCUGGUAAUCUGCACAGAAAAUGCCAUAAAUUCUACACAGUGUGAUUUAACCUCUGCGUUUUCAGCUACAACUGCUGCAAACCUUGUUACUCUCUCACACCCACUUGACCCCUCUCUAAAUCUACCCGGCCACAUGUUUCUCACUGAUCAAAUUUCUCUUAACCCGCCAAUUAAUGAAGACCAUAGCUUGUCUGAGGUGCCAUUCACACCCAGUGCAGCAUUAAACGAUCCACUCAUAAACUCGUAUAUGUCAAGUAACACAGUGCUGAUAGAAUGCACAAUAUCCCUGGAAACGCCAGGGAAUGUCCCCACUGCUGUUACCAUGCAACAAAACAUUGAGCCUCCAGUAUCUACGCCGAUGCUUGUUAACCACAUAGAACAGCAACAGAUUGUGUCAUUGCCCAACACCUCAACUGUGGACCCCACCAUUCUCUUGUCCUGCAUUGAGGAGUCUGUGACAUUGUCCACAAACACCUCAAUGAUGCCAGAUUGUCCUGCCCAAGCUGAAGAAACAGAACAAGGCCUCAAAGAAGCGCCUCCAAAAGCAGACGAGGAACUUGCUGACAGCACUGAUUCUGCAGUGGAAAUAUCUACUGACAACUCAAACCAAGUUGAGAAGUUUGAAGAGACAGAACCGCCAAGCAACACACCGAGUGACGCAGAGCAGCAGACUUUCACCAAGAACUUCAUCUGCAAUGUCUGCGACCUUCUGUUCCACUCGAUGAAAGAACUCAGCACCCACGUUAGCGACCAUGCUGAAGAAUGGCCUUACAAAUGCGAGUUCUGCGUUCUGCUCUUUGACAAGCCCUCCGCUUUGCUCGACCAUCGGUCAAGCCUACACGGUGUCGACAAGACUUAUAUUUGCAGUGCAUGUCCUAAAGACUUUGUCUACCUUUGUAAUCUGAAACAGCAUCAGGAGGAAUUGCAUCCUGCCCAGCAAUGUACAUUCACUGAAGAAGAAAAGGGAAAAAUAAGACCUCAGAAUUACAACUACUCCACUAAAGUUAGCAAAGAGCCUCCAUUGCCUGAUGUGUCUGAACAAAAGGUGAAAAAGGAAGAUCAUGAAGUGGAUGUGGCUUCUGAAGAAUUUUUUACAACAAUUAAAAUCAUGGCCUCAGAUGGAGGCAAACUCAAAGUGCCUGAUGUUCGUCUUGGCAUUAACCAGCAUUACCCUAGCUUUAAGCCCCCGCCCUUUCCUUACCAUAACAGGUCACCUGCCGGGUCGGUGGCCUCAGCCACAAAUUUCACCACCCACAACAUUCCACAAACCUUCAGUACAGCUAUUCGGUGCACCAAGUGCGGAAAGAGCUUCAAUAACAUGCCGGAGCUGCACAAGCACAUCCUGGCUUGUGCCAAUGCUAGCGAUAAGAGGCGGUACACGCCCAAGAAGAAUCCCAUCCCACUCCGCCAUUUUGCAAAAAGCCAAAACGGAGUCCUGUCCACUACCAACUCAGAAAAUGAAUGUAAUGCCUCAAAUAGAGCUAGCCAGUCCAACAGAUCAGAAUCUGUCAAAGUGAAGUUAAAAUUACUGAACAAAAGGAAGCGAAAGAUGGUCCAAAGGGUCAUGCCCCAGAGGAACAAAUCUUCGCUAAAUAAAGUGUCCCCUUCACACGUGCAUGAUGACUUAUUUGUUUGUCCUCACUGCAGCAGGGAGUUCACCAUGCGACGCAGCCGAACCAAACACAUGGCAGUCUGUCCCAAAAAACCCAGAGAAGUGAGGACAAGGAAAGAGGGUGGGAUCUCUGUGACAAAGGAAAAUGAUGGACGACUCCAUAGAGGGGUCUCACUUGUCAAUGAGCAACAAGCCUCAGCUCAUCCUAGGACAAGACUCCAGACAUCAAUGCCAGCUAAGAGGCCCGCCACGCCCCCUAGACUAACAAGCUUUUCAAACAAGAGGCCUAAACUAGCCAUAAAGGACGAUUCAAAAAAUGACAUUUCCACUUUAAACAAAUUCCCCGCCGUUCGUCCUUUCAACCCUCCUCUUCGCCAGUACACCCGAGUGCAUCAUGCAAUUAAACUAACUCCAGCAAAUCAACAACAAAGUGAGCCCUCCGCCCCAGGCCGAGAGGAAGCAACUGCUGGUGGCAGCUCGAAGCAAAGCGCAACAGCUUGAAGACCUUUCAGCUUACCCUGUCAGGUAGUGUAAAGAAUAUUACAAAUUUAAAUAACCAGUGUAGUUAUAGCCUUAUCAUGGUCUCCACCCGUCGGCGCGCUCACACUGGGCAUAGAUACCAUGCUUCAGUGGCUUUACUUGCGCCAUCACUUAAUGAUGAGGCACUGCAUUACUGCAACUUUCCUGACUAUGUGAAAAUGCUGUCAUUCUGUUUAUUUCUGUUAUUCAAAGUGGCACCGAAAAUUAAUGUAUUGUGUUAAGUAGCCACGGCAUAGUGGGUAAUGCAUCUGACUACAGGGCCAGAAGAUUGACAAGCUCCAGCAAAUUUUGGCCAGCCCUGGCUGAGCACCUGAUUUUUCCGCCUGGUCCACACUUGUGGUUGUGGUGCCCUUGAGAAAGGCAACCCAAAAUAAGCAAACACCAAAAUAUACAUACUCCUAAAACGUUAGGGAUCUCGGGCACCCGGAUGAAUUUUCAGGACAAACCUAACAUGCAAUAUAACAAAUAAAAUAUAACAAUACUGGUGAACCUAAUAUGAGCUUACCUAAACAGUUGAAUGCACAUGUCCAACUGCUCAAUGUUUCAGUACUUUUUGCACAACUUGCUGUACUCUAACAAAGAGCUAAAUAGCAAAAUUCACAACAGGUGUUUGAUCUGUGGGUGGGCCAAUACAUUUCCUGUUUUAAUUGGAGCUGGUGUUCACUGCGCUUCAUUAUGCCGGAGAAGACACCUAACAAUUGAUUAACAAUAGCUCGCCAUUGUAAGGUUUCAAAAACGACAUUCUCAGAGGGAAGUUGCAACAGCUACAGAGAGACUGGAGGAGUUACAGAAAGGCAAAAGAGUGGACAUCCUUCGAAAAAAAAAAAAAGUACACUUGAAUUUUGCCGUUCACCUUCUUGUUAGAGAACGGCAAGUUGUGGAAAAUGUACUGAAACACUGAACAAUCGGACGUGAAUUCAAAAGUUUAAAGGUCAAAUUAAGUUCACCUCCUAAGGUUAUAGUGCAUUACAGUUUCACCCAAAAGCCCAAUAUCCCUAACUUUUUGGGAGUAGUGUGUAUAUAUGUCGCCCCCUCCUCCAGUGUGUGCUUACAAUAUUGACUAAUGUGAUGGGAUAAAAGCAAAGGGCACGUUUUCUUCAUGUGCACAUAAAAAUUGUGAAUCAUUGGCAGUUAAAAUAGUUAUUUUAUUUCUUUAUAACUCCUGGGAGGAUUGAUCAUAUUAAUUAUAGGAGCAAGAAUAUGUGGACUUUGACUUGAUUUUAAGUUGUUGUGUAUAUUUACUAUUAUGGGAGGAGCACUUAUCAUUUACAAUUGUGCCGUGCCGAGGCCCACUUCUCCAAACCAUGCUGCGGCCAGGAAUGUUUCCCAUGCUUGAGCACGGAGCAUUUAGACUGGUCAAAGGAAAUGUGGAAUGAAAGGUGUCGUGUGCUCAAGCAUGAUACGAGUUGCUUCAUAAUUUAUCAAAUAUCAUUGAAAGAAACUCCAUCAUACAGCUAUGAUAGCUAGUAAGGACUUUGCUAGUACAGAUUUAACUCCAGUUUAAACCCAUUGAAACAAAUGAUUUGUUAACAUAUGCUGUCACUUUUAGGCCAAUGCACACCCUUGACACCUCUUCACCCAGCGAAGGCUUGAAAUCCAUUACACUGUACAAGAGAUGACUGAACUGAGGACAGAAAAAAAAAAAACCCUGAACACAACUGAAGUACUUCUGCGAGUGCAGAGUAUGCGAGGGCUUGAAGUUUGUAGGUUGGUACAGUCCCACAUUUCUUCAACUUUCCAUCAAUAGCCUGGAUUUGCACUUUGAAGUUAAUCUGACAGCGACGUGUUGUCAAAGAAAUGGGGAAGCACUGAAGCUGGAAAGGCUUCUCUCAUUUCUCGCUUGGCGGUUCAUUCGGCGAGGAUGGCAAGCAGCAAUCACUGCCAGCAUGGAUUUGCACUACUUUUUCCUUAUCAGUCAUAUGUUGCCUUUUGGGUUUAAAUUAUUUAUGGCAUGUUCUGUACUUGUUCUUCAGUUGUUUGGUAUUGAGGAAAUUGGGCCUAAACAAAGGAUAUGACUUACCAUUAACCUUAAAACUUAAAUUGAGUCAUUGAACAGAGCACAAAAGUAUUAACAUUUCCCUUCAAAGUUGUUCAGGAUUCAAAUGCAAGAAGCGAUUAUUUGGAAUGUAUUUGGCAGGGUUAACUCGAGAGAAAAAAUCUGAGUAAAUUUUGUUGGCCCUUUGUGUGUUUAUAUGAAGGUAAUAAGAACAAUUCUAUUCGCGUACCAUCAAAUGCAUAUGGCAUGAUAACCUGUGGCAUACAAAUCAAGGAUAAAAGUUCAAUGUUGUCCUGAUAAAGAAAAAAUAAUUUAUUUUAGCGGCUAUCCAAAUGAAAUCGACUGAAACUGUCUUCGGUCAUCUGCAAUGCUAAGUACUGUACCUGAAAAUAAUACACUGACAUGCAUUGCUUUCACUGUGGUGAGCUCAUAGACCACAAAAAUUAUCAAAAGUGGUGAAAAGGAGCAGUCUGCUGCUGUCAUAUCAUGUGAUACAGUAUAUGUAGUUUUUGUAUUUCUUUAAAGUAUUCAACUGUAGAACACAAGCACUUCAUCCAGGCUUACUGUCUGUGUAACAUUUUCUUGUUUCGUAUGUACAUUAAAUUGUAAUGUGAAUCCCAAAAUGAAAAUGUCAACUUGUUUAGUUUUGUAAAUGACUGUUGAAGCUUGCAACUAAUCUCAUUUGCAUAAAUAUUCAUAAGCUACUAGUUUAAACAGGGUACUUAUGUAAUUGUUAUAUCUACUGUAUAUCAAAUACAAUUUUAAUUUGUGAGAACUAACGUGUGUGAGAGUAAUGAUAGUGGGGGGAAAAAAUAAAAUUUUGCCUCUACAAUUCUUGUAACUCACCCACAGACUGCAUUAUGUUGGAUGUACAGGGUGUCAGGGGACUGCUCUCUGACUGUGAACGUUUGUGUAACAUUUCAAAAUGUAAAUGAAGUCGUGUAUAUUUAUUAAUUUAAAACCAUGUAAUGAUUCUGAAGUCGGAAGCUGUUUGAUUUGCACUUUUUUUUUUUUUCCCCCCCCCCCAAGCGUGUGGUCAUAAUAAAUGCAGAAUGUUAGUGUAAAAUCUGUGUGUGUGGCGAUUUGUUGGCCAACAGAUGACAAUUGCUGAAUCCCAUUGAACAAGUUUAUUGGAGAAAUCAACACUGCAGAUGUAGACUAAUGUCCAGAAGGUGGUGCACUCCACCCGCGCUAACCAUUGCAGCAGAUUAUUGAAUAGACAAAAGUGUUUGUUUUGUUUUGUUUAACUGUAGGUAGCUGGCCUCUUUAGUUUGGGUAAGGAUUGUUGUUGGUGGAUGCGGAGAGCUGCUUGGACAACAGAAAACCAGUCUUUUCAAACUAAUGUCACACACUUAUGUUUUCAUGUUUAUUAAACAUAAGAUUUUAACAUUCGCAGUGGAAGGUGGAAAAAGUAUACAGACCUUUGGAUUUAAAAACUAGUUGUGCCUCCUUUGGCACCAAUAAACUCAACUAAAUCCUUCCUUCAAUUGCAGAUCAGAUCCACAAAAUGGACAAUUCCUUUGUGCAAAACUGUUUCAGUUCAGCAAUGUCUGGUGUGAAUCACUCAGUUGCAGUCAUUCCACAGCAUCCCAAAUGAGUUGAGAGACUGACUGGCCCACUCAAUCAGAAGGUGUAUAUUCUUUUUGGAAAGCCAUUCUGUUGUUGAUUUACUGUCUCUGUUGAGCUCCAGUUGGUGGACCAGGAUGUCCCCCAGUUGGGAUGAGAUUUUGAUGGUUGUGUGUUGUGCAAUUGUUCUCCACUCCACUCAUAAGGCCUUACUUUCUAAGAUAAAAUAGCAGUGGGUGUUCACUCUAACAGACUGCGUGCAGUGUUGGUAGGUAUGUUGUGUGUUAUUUAUUAAGAUUACAAUGUUUUACUAAAAUACUAAAUAGCGUGCGCUACAUGGCGUGUUUACGCUAACGGAUUGCAUCUACUCAUGAAUUGGAGACUCUAAAUUGCCCAUUGGUGUGAAUGUGAGUGCGAAUGUUUUGUUUGUAUGUGCCCUGCGAUUGGCUGGCAACCAGUUCAGGGUGUACCCCUCCUGCUGCCCGAUGAUAGCUGGGAUAGGCUCCAGCACGCCCGCGACCCUAGUGAGGAGAAGCGGCUCAGAAAAUGGAUGGAUGGAUUGCAUGUACUGUUUUCAAUAGGAGUAAAAAUGAUGGAGAACACCAUUUCAUAUUUUAUUUUCACCAUGGGAAAUUUUGGAGAGCACUGCAAGCACAAAGUGAAACUUGAAGUGUUAGUUGAAGACAAACAAACACUAUAUUACGGAGUUACCUCAAAUAAAUAUAUUCCUCCAAUAAUUUUGGAGAAGCUAGCAAAUGCAAAGAAGCCAUGUUUUGUUUGACUUUAACUCAUCCCGAAUGCAAAUCCUGUGCAACAUUGCGUUUAAAAUAUGGGACAGCACAGCCAAAAAAGUGCUUUGGUAGGAACCAGCACCAGAUAUUUUUUGUAGUGUGCUGAAAAGACCCAGAGGCAAGGAAAUGCUGAGUUGAAAUUAGUUUCGUCAUUGGUGAUUGGCUCCAAGUUAGCUCUGAUGAUUGAGAAGUUCCAAAAUUGCUUUACCGAAUAGACAGUAUGCCGUCAUAAUUGUUGUUUCUGGCAUUCAAAAAAUGUUUGCACGACUGGAAAAGAUCCAUUCUCGUUCUUGCCUCCCAUUUUGCAUGUGCCUCCUCUACUCAUCGUGAUGCACAACGGUGCUGUUUGCACCUGGUUUUCAGUCACUAUUUGAAGACCCAAAAGGUCUAAGGAAAGAAUGAAUGGGGCCAUGUUUCGUGAGGUGCUCCCUAAGAGCAUUGAAGAUGGAAUGUGACUGGGUCUUUCAGCAUGAUAGUAACCCCAAACACAAAGUCCGGGCAACUCAGGAGUGCAUUGCCCUUUAAGAAGCAUGUCAAGGUCCUGGAGUGGCCUAGCCAUUCUCCAGACCUCAAACCAAUAUAAAAUCUGUGGACGCAUUUGAAAGUCCAUGUUGCCCAGCGACAGACCCGAAACAUGACAGAUGGGGAGAAAAUCUGCACCAAAAGUGGGCAAAAAUAACUGCUGCAGUGUGUGCAAUCCUGGUCAAGAACCUCAGCAAACAUUUGACCUCGGUAAUUGCAAGCAAAGAUUUCAUUACAAAGUAUUGAGUUAAACUUUUUGAAUGUCUGAAUAUUUAUU